AUGGGUAUGCUCGGUGCCAACCUCCCAACGCAUUCGAGUGCUUUCGGCGACAUCUGUCAAGAAGCAGUCACCAAGCUUAAUGAAGGCCAACGAGAACUCAGCCGCCAAUUCACGCCGGUCAUUGCUGCCGCUAUGGAACCCGUUUACGAGCAAUGCAACCAAGAGAGCGGCAAAGGCUCGUUUGCGCGCAUGAAGGCCGCGAUGGCUGCCCACGUGGGUGGCAAGGGUCCCGACAUGUUCCAGGACGCUUCCGAACAGGUCAAGGCAAGCUUAAGGGCGCUUUGCAAGGGAAUAACAAAGUUCUACCUCGAGAAGAUGGACGACGUCUUCCUCGCUAUGAAGCGCGACUAUCUCGGUAUCGUUGGAGGAGUUGUGGGCCAGAUCACCAUGCCAAAGGAGGAGCGAAUGGUGCGGAGGGCAGUCGAUGAAGCUAUCAGUGCCGCUGAUGGCAUAUUCAGCGAGGUCCUUGACGGUGAUCUUGAGGACCUCAAGGUCAAAUUCUCUGCUCCCAUCGACGAUGCCACUGGUGAUGAGCCCAAAGACGACAUCAUAUUCACGGAGAACGACGACGAAGACGACGCUGAAGAGGAUGGCGGUGACGAGACAGCGGAUGAGAACGACGACGCUGAUGAUAUUAUGACAAACCAAGGCAACACUGCUACUGAGGCGGAUACCCCGGUCAUCCCUGGAGCCUCUUUGGAGGAUUAG